AUGGAUCUCUUCAGGUUUCCCUUCGACCUCCAAAAAUGCAGUAUAACACUUCAGUCUCCAACGCAUACAAAGGACUCCAGGGACGCCUUUGAUGCCCAGGGAGAGUGGGAGCUCCUCGACAUAAAUAUCUCUAGAGCUGAAACCAUCAAUGCGUGGUAUAAAUAUGACAUGGAUCAGCUGAUAUAUCAGAUCACAAUUAAAAGGAGACCUCUACUGUAUUUCACCAACAUUAUCCUACCAGUAUGUUUCUUCCUUGUGCUGGAUGUGGCCUCCUUCUUCAUUGACUCAAGUGGAUCAGACAAGCUGAGCUUUAAAGUGACUUUACUGCUGUCUAUUUCUGUGUUUCUGCUGAUUCUUAGUGACACACUGCCCUCUACAGCUGAUAAAAUCCCUCUGAUUGGGGUUUACUGCAGUGGGAUUUUCUGUCUAAUUGGCAUGAGCAUUUUGGAGACCAUCAUUGUGAAUUAUCUGAUGGCAAAAGGAUCUGAGAGCAGAUCAGCAGUGGAAAAUACGGAUGCUGCUACUGGAUGCGAUGAUGGUGUGAGAGACCUGCAGAGCCCUCCAGACUCAGUUAUAGAUCAGAACGAGAUGCAGAGAUGUUUCUGCUGGACCAGAGUGGCAAGAAUCACAGAUGUGACCUUCUUGGUUCUUUACAUUAUCACCAUUAUUGUGUUUCUGUCUGUGCUUGGGAAGCUUUGGGUUGUAGAAUCGUAUUAA